AUGCAUAUAACGCACUGUGAGGAGCCCAGCCAUGCCGUCGGCGAUACAGUGACGAUGAAGGAGCGCCGUUUGCUUCGCACCCCAAAGUGUGCGCGUUGCCGCAAUCAUGGCGUCAUUUCCUGCGUCAAAGGACACAAGAAGCUGUGCCGUUGGCGCGAGUGCUGCUGUCCCAACUGCCAGCUGGUGGUCGAUCGCCAGCGUGUGAUGGCCGCCCAAGUGGCAUUGAGGCGUCAGCAGACAAUGGAGGCCCUGGAGGCCACAACGUCCCCUACAUCCCAGCGCAGUAGUGAUGAGGAGGGUGUCGAAAUAAUGGAUACAUCGCCAUCAAUGCUGGUCACUACUCUGGCCAGCAAAUGCAGCACACUGGCGACCAAUUCGAUGCGCACACGUCAGGCUCUGAUUGCCCAGAAACGUAUCUACAAACAGCGCCUCCGAACCCUCCAGCAAUCCACCCUCCACAUAACAGCGGCCAUGGAAGAGUACAAGCAACGAUUUCCCACGUUCAACUCACCAAUGCUGGAACGCCUACGCAAGCGUCGCGCCUUUGCCGAUCCUGAAUUGAAUUAUGCCAUGGAUGCUACGCUCCUCGGAGGCGGCGGCAAUGGGCCGACCGCGCCCACCACCACGCCGACAUCAGCGACGGGCGCGACAAUGCUCAGCAUUAGCAACGCCUACUUUAAUGUCGCCGUGGCUUCCUUGGCCGCUGCCACGCCCACUGCGCAACAACAACAGCAACAACCGCAAUAUCAAUCAAUGCCGCGCUUUUCACACACGCCCACGCAAUUGACAACAACUACAGUGAAGAAGCCGAAGCUGAGUUUUUCGAUCGAGUCGAUAAUUGGCGUUAGCACGUAA